AUGUUCAUCAAAAGAUAUAAUCACCUCUAAGUCAUCAAUACUCCCAAUACUCCUCAUUUUAAUAUUUACACUAAUGAUGAGGUGUAUGAAUUACAGGAUUCGUUCUUGGACUGCAAUUCAUUCAUUUGUAUGCUAGAUUUUUAAGAAAUACUCACACUUGAUUGGAACGAAAUGAAAAAAUCUCCCUGGAUUUCGCGAACCUUAUGGACUGGUUUGAAAUAUUAAGCAGUUAAUCUCUCUUUUAAGUUGAAGGCCAUAUAUGUGGACAUCUGGUCUAGUUCAACUAAUAAAUGGAGAGUCUUAAUUCUAUCAAACAGAGAUCUGGUUUCAUAUAUAAGCAAGGAGCUUUAAGAAGCUUAAGGACUUGACCCUAUACUUAAUCUAGAGGCUGAGAAUUACCAAUCUCUAUUGAAAAAGCCAAGCUUAAUUUUGCAAAGCACUAAUAUAAGUAUUGAUGAUGUAUAUAAAUAUCAAGAAUUAUUCUUGACUUAUGCGGAAUCCAAGAUUGAAUCUAAGGAUGAGGAUCUUGAAAUUUACUCAAUAGUAGGUCUUGCUUUUUUAUCAAACUAGCAAAGCAUUAAUAAAAUUUUGUACUUGGCUCCACUAAAUGUCUAAGAAGCUGGUAUCUGA